AUGCAAACUGUAGCAAUUAUUGGUGGUGGUGUUAGUGGUCUAAUAUCCAUAAAAUGUUGCUUAGAUGGUGAUCUGUUACCAACAUGUUAUGAAAUGACUAACGAUAUUGGUGGAUUAUGGAACUAUGACGCCAAUGCUAUUGAUGGAAAAGCAAGUGUUAUGAAAUCGACUGAAGUUAAUACAUCAAAAGAAUUUAUGGCUUUUAGUGAUUUUCCACCACCUAUUGAUUAUGCAAAUUAUAUGCAUAAUACAAAAUUAUUAGAAUAUUAUCGAAUGUAUGCAUUAAAAUUUAAUCUUAUGAAAUAUAUUCGAUUUCGACGACGUGUAAUUCGAAUUGAACCAACUAAUGAUUAUGAAAAAACAGGAUGUUGGUUAAUAUAUAGUAUUGAUACAGGUGAGAAAAAUGAAAUAUGUGAAAAAUUUGAUGCAGUAAUGUUAGCUACUGGACAUCAUGCAUAUCCAAGAUUACCAACAUUUCCAGGUUUAGAUAAAUUUAAAGGUGAAAAACUACAUAGUUGGCAAUAUAAAACACCUCAUGGUUUUGAAGAUAAAACAGUUCUUAUCAUUGGUAUUGGAAGUUCAGCAGGUGAUAUGGCUGUAGAAUUAGGACAUAUUGCUAAACAGGUUUAUGUAAGUACUCGUCGUGGUACAUGGGUCUAUAAUCGAGUUGGACCUAAUUGA